AUGCCCAUGUUUCGUGAAGACGGUAUGCGGUCGAGGAACCCGGAACGCUCUGACUCACAAUACCGUGAUUCAGCCUCAAUUCCGAUACGGACUCCGCCUGGCAGUGCGGCAUGGCUCACCCGACGCCUCUCAGAGGAGAGCAAUCGGACCGAGCUGUGUGAAGGGCCCGUCCUCGAGAGCCCUCCCAGACCUCACACACCAAAACACACCAUCCGUCAUGCCGUCUCGGACCGAGCCGAGCUCAUAGAGCGCCUAAAGAGAGGCGAGAGUCCUACUUGGAUUCCUAACCGCCAUCUUGAGUCUCUGCUCCAUCAGGACAAGGCAUCUUCGCCACCCAGGACCCCUCCGCCUGCUGCUCCAGCCUCUCCCGGCUUGCUGCCUCCUGGAAAAAUAACCCCCGAGAAGCAAGACACAACCCUGUGCCAUGAGGCCAUCGACUCUCCGUUACAGAAGGGGCUGAACAUUGAGCGUCCGCGAUCAGCCCUGCACAGCGGCAACUUUACGCCAGUUGUGCUGUCUCCCAGUCCCAGGGCCUCUGUUGAACAUGAUACCGCUGCCGACAUCGAGAACCCCUUCCACUCAGCUGGCCAUGAGUGGAUGGGUGCAUCACCUCCGAGAGACUACGCACCCUUUAGCUUUACUCACGGAGGAGUCAGUUAUAGAAGAGAUGCGUUCAAAUCCGGCCCUUCGUCCUUGAGCUCCUCGCUCUCGUCGAGUUUUGUCUACAAGCCGCCAACCAGCCCAUUGGUCCAGUCCGAGAGCAACGAUGAGCUGGACUUGGCAGUGCCGCUAAACAGCUUCAAGAUCGACGCCAACAGCCCUUGUCAACCUCGUCGCCAUACCCUCAAUUUCUCCCACACUCCAUUACCUGAUACCGCAAGCCACAGACAAUCAAGUCUUCGUCGCGAAGGCACAUACCCAUACCAGGCACACCAGCCGUGCCGGUCUCUCAGCUCCACGACCAACCUCUCCUUCGCUGCCACCUCGCCUCAGACGCCCGCGUUUCUCCGUCCCCGGCGGCCAUCAAUCGGCUCAGAAGCCUCCCCCUUGCAGCACGCAUCUAUGGUUGGGUCAUACGAGGAAAGUAUCCUUAGAGGUCGCAUGUCUACGACUCCUUCUAAGCCCCUCGAAUUCACCGCCCAGAUUGGGGUCCUGGGCCUUGGGAAAUGCAAGGCCGCCCUUCGCUGCCCGGCUCAUGUGACACUGCCGUUCUCGGCCGUCUUCUACAACUACGCCAGCAACUUGUCGGCGGGAACUAAGAUGGAGGAUGGGCCUAGCCCCUAUGUGGGACAAAUCGACCUCGAAAACGGACUGCCAAACCCUGAGGAGGGGCAACGGCUAAGGAGAAAGCUGCAAACCCGGUACCAAGAUCUCAACGGCGCCGUCGAAGAAACGACGUCCAUCUUCGACAAUCCGGCCGAAGGCUCCGACGGCGAGGGGACCUCCAGAGCAAGCAAACAGAAACGCUGCUCCAGAUUGCCCAAGGCACCGCCUGGUGGGGCGUACCGGAUCCCGGGGAAGGGACAGCUCCAGAUCAUCAUCAAGAACCAAAACAAAACCGCCGUCAAACUCUUCCUCGUUCCCUACGACCUGGCCGGCAUGGAACCCGGCACCAAAACCUUCAUCCGUCAGCGCAGCUACUCGACGGGGCCCAUUAUUGAAGCGGAGGCGCCCGUUACCAAGGACGCGCCGAUGGGAUCAGACCGCCCUAUGCUGCGUUACCUCAUCCACCUGCACAUCUGCUGUCCUUCCAAGGGCCGCUACUAUUUGUACAAAUCUAUCCGGGUCGUCUUCGCCAACCGAGUCCCCGACGGCAAGGAGAGGCUCCGCAACGAGGUGACAUACCCCGACCCGCGCUUCACCCCCUACAAGCCGAUUCGCGUAAUGCACCCUCCCUCAGGACCCAGCAGCAGCAACCACCACAACAUGGCAUUGCCCAGCGCGGCCGCGAUAGCGCCAGAAUGCGCCAUUCGCAGGCGCAGCUCAGGCUUCUCUUUCAGCCAUGGCCACCAUCACCAUCAUCAUCGUCCACCCCGUUCACCCCAUCCGCCAGCACAAGCAGCACCAACAACAACAACAACAACAACAACAACAACAACAACAACAACAACAACAACAACAACAACAACAACAACAGCGAUGCCAGGAGUGGAAAUGACGGGUUUUUCCACUAUCAGCAUCCCUAUUACACCCAGUAACAACAACACCAGCCUCCAUCCUCCAGUGGAAAUCUACGACAAGCUAAGCAAAGGCGACGCUGGCUACAGUGGCGGCAUAUUCAACCUCAACAGUGUCGACAAUGACAACAAUUCAAACUGCAUCGGAAGCGCAACACAAAGCACAGUAGCCAAAGGACUUUUGUCCAAGAGGCUUCGCUCGCUGGACGUACAGCCGCAGCCGCAGCAACCUUGA